AUGAAGAGGAUUCCAGUUCAAGUUUAUGUUCGAAAUGAUGUGUGCGAUCCGUCUCCACCAAUUCAGGCGCAAAUCUCGAUUGAUCAAAGUACGGGACUAAUCGACUACUAUUCCAAAACCGACUCUACAGAUGGCGGAACAGAAAUCCGAACUGUCGAAAUUUCGCGCAAAAACAGCUCCUUCGGAAUCUCGAUAAAAGGAGGCGACAAAAGCAAUCAGAGUGGCAGCUCGAGGCCGAUCUUCAUUUCGAAAUGUGACAGAAGACAUUCGAAUAUUAAUAUUGGCGACAGAAUCAUCGCUUGUAAUGAGAAAUCGAUGCUUAAUGCGACGCACAAAGAGGCGGUAGAUGCAAUUCAAAGUUCUGGCGACAAAUUACGAUUGCAAGUAAGAAGCGAAACUUGGAAAACGACCCAUUGGCCGAUCGAACUGUCCAAAAUCUACCAAGAACUCGGCUGCAACCCAUUGUGGAUGGCCCGUCUUUCCCGCGCCACUAAAUUCGGAGAUCACUGUAUCGAGGUCGCCUCAGGUUGUCUGUCGAAUCGGAUCGUAGUCAAAUGCGAGUCAGAAGCGGUCGCGGAUGACUGUGUUCUGGCGCUGCAAAGGACCAAGAAUCAUUUCACCAAAAUGAAAAGCUUCAACGAAGCUCUGGCGAAACAGGCGAGCAUGCCCAAGUGCGACCAGUUUUUGAAAGAUCUCAACACUGCCUCUCAAUAUUGUAUUCGAAUGGACUGGGUCUUCCACGAAAACGAGCGAAAGCACUAUCUGAUGAUGCUCACUUCUCAAGAGCUUCGAUUUUACGACGCGCUGCCCAAGGACUGGGAAGGCUGGUCAAAACCCGUCUUUGGAACGCCACUUCUCUCUGCUCAUAUUAUCGACAAGAAAUCGAAUAUUCUGAUCCGGAUGGCGACGCAGCGAGAAGUACGAGCAAUGGAACUACGCUGCUCCGGUUCCAAAAGCUGGCUUGAGUCGAUCAAAGAAACGAGAAAUGACAAUGUGCGAGACAUCAAGGAAGCUUUGGUCGAGGUGAUUUACAACAACGCCACAGCAUACCUUGGCAUCCACUGGCUCGAGGGCAUCAGGCUCUACGAAGCAAAGACGAGAAAUGUGAUUGUGCACCAGGAAGCGCACGCGUUGACGAACAUCGAAGAUGAUAAUAAGGCGAACUUGACGCUGCAAUUCAAAGACACCUCAAAAUACACUCUCGUUCUCGGCGACGGACUGAAGCCGUUUAUCUUCGUGAUGCUUAACUUCUACGCAGCGGCUAAACAAUCAACCCUGAAAACAAACAACAACAAACUCUGA